AUGCUUUCGUUUUCAAUUUUUCACCUCUCCGCUACCCUCCUCUUCACCACAUUACCAUCUUGCGCCUAUCUACAUUAUGCGAACAUAAGAGGGGCCAGCGAGAAGAUAAUCGGUGUGGGACCAAAGGACGUACGGGACGCGGCGGGCGUACCGUUGAAGCUCGAGCUUCCCGGCGUCGGUCAACAUCUCCAAGAUGAUACGGUGUGGACCCCUUUAAAAACAGCUGGCGACAUUUAUUAUUCAGGAUUCGACUUCUCCAAAACUCUGGAGUUUCAAUCGUUCAUCAACGACGUAGUCGCCUUUGUCAACAAUUCCGCUCUUUUCGGGUUCACCAACAAUUCCGCAACGUUUCAAGCUGCUGUGGACGACUCCGCAAGCAGUCUUGUGCCUUUGGCAAAACUUGUGAUAACGGUUUUACCGACCCAGUACCCGGAGGUCGUGCGAGGGUACAAGGCGGUGUAUAACCUCACAGCACAAAUUAUGGACCAAACGGCGCAAUUGGAAUUGUUGCUCAGCGUUAUCUCUCCGGGAACGGCGAGCAUACAAGCUGCAAUCCAACACCCAUUCAGCCGUGAACGGCUCUACAUUAACACGAACAACCCUCUCGACCCAGUAUCGUCGUUGACCCACAAUGUAGUUACGAUGCACGAAGGCGUAAAGCUCGCGGGCAACGUCGGCGUUGCCUUCGGAACGACCCUAGGCACAGAAAUCACUCCCGGCCCUGACGUCCAGACUAGAAGCUGCUCGAUGCUUCCGAAGGAGUUGGGUGGCGUCGUUAAUGCCGACCUUCAGGUUCGUGGAACGGCCAAUGUACGAAUCGCCGACUCGUCGAUCUACCCAUUCGAGUUCGCCGCUCAUCUCGGGUCUGCGACUUACGGAGUAGCCGAACAGGCUGCAGUGAUUAUUCAGUCCAACGCAUUCACCGUUCCUAGCGCGUCCCAUCCGAUGUCUUCAUCGACUGGCCAAUUCGUUCGCAUUCCAUGGUUCGCCGCCAUGCCUUUCAUAAUUCUACUAUGCUUGCUUAGCCAAUCAUUCAUAUAG